GGAGUUCCCACCUUGUCCACUGAUUAAGGGGAAAAACAGAGGAAAGCUGAAGGUUAUCAUAUUGAUGUCCAUUGUUUUACCAGCAACGCUUCUGGUUCUCGGUGCAUUGUUGUUAUAUUUCUUGGUAUAUCAUAAAGGAAAAAGAAGACUGGUGGCCGGAUUCUCUAGCAUGCCUACAAGAGUCGACAAGCUCUUGCGAAUUUCUUACCAUGAACUUCUUCGUGCAACUUCAGGAUUUUCUCCAGAAAACUUAAUUGGUUCAGGAAAUUUUGGAUCUGUCUUCAAAGGAAGGCUAGAAAAACAUGGCAAUAUGCUUGUAGCGGUCAAAGUUCUUGAUCUUCAAAAGAACGGAGCUUCUAAAAGUUUGAAGGCCGAGUGCAAAGCAUUGAGAAAUAUUCGCCAUAGAAACCUCGUUUCUAUCGUGAGUUAUUGCUCCAGUAUUGAUUCCAAGGGUGAUGAAUUCAAAGCUCUAGUCUAUGAGUUUUUGGAAAAUGGAAAUCUGGACUUGUGGCUGCAUCCUGCAGAGACAACUGAUCAGGCAACAAGCUCAAGAAGUUUUAAUCUUCUUCAGAAGCUAAAUAUUGCAAUUGAUGUAGCUUCAGCAUUUCAGUAUCUUCACGACCACUGCCAAGCAGAGAUUGUUCAUUGUGAUCUAAAACCAAGUAACAUUCUUCUUGACAAUGAUCUUGUUGCCCAUGUGGGUGAUUUUGGAUUGGCAAGGCUUCUCCCGAAACCCGUAAACACUUCUUCGGAGCAAGGAACCAGCAGUACUAUUGCCAUAAAAGGAACAAUAGGUUAUGCAGCUCCAGAGUAUGGAAUGGGUCUUGCGGCAUCAACUCAGGGGGAUGUCUACAGCUACGGCAUUCUUUUGCUAGAAAUGAUUACAAGAAGGAGGCCAACAGAUGAUAUAUUCGUUGGUGACCUUGAUCUACAUAACUAUGUUAAUGGGGCUUUGCAUGAACGAGUUUCUGAGAUAGUGGACCCGUUGCUUUUUCUUGAAGGAGAUGAAAACAGAAAUAUGACUCCUGGAGGGAAAAAUAGCAAUGGUGGAAAAGAGAUGGAGUGCAUUAUUUCCCUGCUGAAAAUUGGACUUAAGUGCUCUGCAAGAUUACCAUAUGAUAGGAUGCAUAUGAAUGAUGUUGUCAGAAAAUUACAUCUCAUUAAAGAUGUUUUCCUUGGUGUCAGAGUGCAUCAAGAAAAUCUUGAAGCUUAAUAUCUGCAGGUAUACUCAAGCAUUUAAUACAGCCCACAAGUUGAAGUCCAUUUUUUCUAUAUUAGGUAAAGUAUUUUAUUCUUGACAUAAGCUUGCAAGCAAACUCGUUCUACCAGUCAAAAUCUAUUCCAGUCCAAACCAAAAAAAAAAAAAGCAACAGCUAUGUGUUGUGCUUACAAGCAUGGAAAAAGAUGGCUUCUCAUACUAAUGCAUGAAUUCUUGAUUUGCAGCUGCUUACAGGUCUGAAUCUCCAAGCUGAAGUUGUUAAUGGGGUGAGCUAAUGAAGAAGACACCUUUGGCUUUUUA